AUGCAAAAUUCAGUUAAAGCUCUAUCAUUUGAUAUAACUGCAGUUAGUAGUGGUCGAUUGGGCGGUACUUGUGUAUUGUUAGAAAGACUUUUAGGAAAAAAAUUAUUUUAUUUGCCUUGCAGACAUCAUAUUUAUGAGAUAAUUUUACGAAGUGUUUUUGAGGAAAAAUUUAAUAAACCAACAGCAAAAGACGUUCCUAUUUUCAAAAGAUUCCAGCUCUCAUGGAAAAAAAAAAACAAAAACGGGUUUUCUCCAGGUAUUUCGGACAAACAAAUUAAAGAAAUGAUUAACUAA